AUGCGCGAGCUCGUGCACAUCCAGGGAGGACAAUGCGGCAACCAGAUCGGUGCCAAGUUCUGGGAAGUCAUCGCCGACGAGCAUGGCAUUGACCCUACAGGCACCUAUCACGGGGACUCCGACCUCCAGCUUGAAAGGAUCAACGUGUACUUCAACGAGGCGACGGGCGGUCGCUACGUGCCUCGUGCUGUCUUGAUGGAUCUUGAACCAGGCACCAUGGACAGUGUUCGUGCUGGACCUUUCGGCCAGCUCUUCCGUCCCGACAACUUUGUGUUUGGCCAAACUGGGGCCGGUAACAAUUGGGCUAAAGGACAUUACACGGAAGGUGCCGAGUUGAUCGACAGCGUGCUGGAUGUGGUGCGACCUCAAAUUCCGGGUCCUAGUGGAGCCAUGAGACUGAACUUACAGUUUUUUACGACCCUCUGGUCCACGUUGAAGCAACCACAGGUAAAUUACAAUGGGGAUCCGAAUAUGAACUAG